AUACGGGAUCUUUUUAGUGUAAGAACAAUCGCCGUGGUCCCUGUUAAUUAAUCUCAGUGAAGGAGAGAUGAGUAGCGACGUAUUACCGCAGACACGGGAUGAUGAAGCUGGGCAGGGCUCUAGGUCUAGUCAAGGUUCUACUGGUGCUGUAUCUCUGCCGAAGCUGUUGGAGACAAAAUACACUCAUCUCAUGUCUUCAGUGGAAGAAAUGGGCAAAUACGUGAAACCUUGCUACUCGGGCAGCAAAAUAUCAGUAGAGAAACUAAGGAAGGAGAUUCAACAAGCAAGAGCACUGACGAAAGAAUGUCUGGCAACAGUAGAUUUAAUAGGACAGCAACAAGAUCAGCGACAAAACUGAGUGGCUCUCAAUUCAUAAGAGACAGAUAGUAAUAAUAAGCAGUCUAGGAAGAUUGCUUGAAUGAAGUGGGCAGGUUUAACGGAUUAGAUCGAAGAGGUGUACGAAUGCAUUGUAUUUGGGAUUUAAAUAAGCUGACCAGUUAAAUUAUUUCAAAACUCUUUUACUUUGUUCAUUUGUUCUCUGUAUUGAAACAAGGAGAAUACACAAUCUUCAGUAUUCAUAUACGUAUAAAAGACCAAAACGGAAACAAUA